AUGGCUUCCGACGGCAUGCCAGUCGUUCUAUUUGGCAAAUUGCCCGUUGUAACAACACCAAUGACAGAAGCUCUGAAGCCUGAAGUAGAUGUAAUUCAUCUAAUCGAAUCCGUCACCACCGCCCGCUCGGAACUCCCCCUCAUUCUCUCCUCCUCCUCCAAGCCCAACAAAAUCACACCCACCUCCCAAACAGGCAGCAACACUCUGCGGCCCGACUCAGAACAACGUCGUCCAGUUGCCGUAAUCGUCGGCGGUGGGUUUACGCCUGAGGAGUUUGAAGAGUUGAGGGGAUUGGAGGGAGGGGAGACUGUGACGUGGUUGAGAGCGGAUAAUUCGCUGGUGCCGGAGAGUGAGUGGCCGCCUAAUCCGGUGUAUCCUGGUAGGGCGGCGGGGAGGGUUAAAGAGGUUUUGAGGAGGGAGGGGAUUCUUGGUGGUGAGCGAGAUGAAGGGGAGGUUAAGGGGAAGGGGGGUGUGUUUUUUUAUUGA